UGAUCUUUGGCGUGAAACGUGCUUCCAGGUGCUGCGCAAAGGCCUCAGCUUUUUCCUCCGUAAUUUUGCACCAAGGAUCAGCAGGAGCUUGCUGCCCUUCCGCCACGUGCCUUCUGACUGGCAGAUGUGGAAUGGGCUGUCUCUUGAUUGUGUUGGUGGAGUAUGCAGCCGUGAAGAACAUCAUUACGCCUAUUGGUCUCGUCGACGGCAGCGAAGUGGAAUCCUUGCGAGUGUCGGCGCUAAACUGUGACUGCAGGACAGCAUCAACAGGGCUGAAGCUGGCCGAGGUCCAGUGCAUCGUCAUUCUGGAUGUGGAUUACCAAUUUCUGUGAAGGUGAAGUGGCUUCGUAUCUGUGGAAGA